AUUAAAUUGAUGUAAAAAACCUCAUGAAAAUGGUUAACAUUGAGAGAAUCUCUGAGUUUGAAACUUUAGAUAGCCAAUUAAAUUUCACAAAUUACAAGGAUUUGGAAGACUUUAAUAACAAACUUUCAGACGAACAUUAUUUUAAUAAAAUGAAAUUGUCAAUAAGUCUUUUGGGAGGAAGAGAUUUAAGUGAUUCAACAAGAAAGAUCGCAUCUCUAUUAAUAAGCCACGAGUUGAUAUUGAAAAUGAAUUGGACUGGGGUCAAUGAGAAGUUUAGCUUAGUAAAACUACAAAACAUAUUGAAACUGAUAUAUGUUUCAGUUCGAUGAAAUCCUAUUUGUACAAAUUCCACGAAUAAUGAGUUAAAUCACCAACUAAAAAAAUUGGAUAAAUAAUUCCCCAGAUCGAGAAGGAGGCAGGUCUGCCCGUAAUAAAAAAUAAUAUAUUUAUAUAUUGGUAUAGAGC